AUGAGCGAAAUGCAAGAACCGAUGAUGGAGCCGGAGAUGACCCUCCAGGAUGCACUUUCGAAGGUGUGCAAGGUGUCUAGGACAUAUUGUAAGCUAAGCAGAGGGGCUCGGGAAACAACAAAGAAAAUGCUUGCAGGUAAAAUGAACUUUGUGAUGCUUGCAGAGGAUGCCGAGCCAAGAAUUGCAAAGCUUGUUACACUUCUGGCAAAGAAAAAGGAGAUUCCAAUUAUCUCGAUUGAAACCCGCCUUGAACUUGGAAAGAUUGUUGGAGUAGAGAAUGCCAACUCCAGUGGAAAAGUAAAGACCAAAGGAUGUUGUGUUGCAGGAAUCCAGGACUACUGCGAGCAGACAUCUGAAGCUGGGUUUGUUCAAGCUGCUUUACUAAAGGGGGUUUCUUCCUAA